UGUGGAUUUCUGUAAGAAGUUCAAGUCUUCUGACAACACUCCCUCCGUGAUUUUGGUGACUACUGUUUACCCCAAACGUUUAGGAGGCACACUUGCUCUCACAUCCAUGACCUCUUCACGGGUCUUUUUAGACUACGAUGUCCAACCAACUAAGGAGUAUAUCGGCUGGUUGGGAAGAAAUCCAGAUAUUGCCAAACAGGUCAAUGCAGAUGUGGUUACAAAAACUGAGACAUUGACUAUUGGAGAAAUAUUCUCCUACAUGAAGCAGGAAGCGGUGAAGGAUGCUUUCUUUGUGUGCACUGCGACAAUCGAUGAUGUUGUCCACGACUCUCCUUGGUAUUAUAUAGCAUGUGGUGGGUGCAAAACAAAGGCAACCAAAGGGCCAACCUCCCUUAUGUGCGCGAAAUGUGGCAAGAACGAUGUUGCCGGUGAACCACAGUACCUAGCUAAGAUUUCUGUUUAUUAUAAGAGUGAUGAGGCUAUUUUUGUUCUCCUUGGCGAUGCGGGUCGUGAGCUAACAGGGAAGCAUGCGUCGGAGUUGGUUAGCAAUUAUUUUGAGGCCAAUGGAAAUAAAGAAAAUGGAUUCGAGGUGCCCGUUCCACAAGCUCUGCUCAACACCAUAGGGCAAACAUACAAGUUCAAUGUAAAGGUGACUGAGCACAAUUUAUCAGGCAGAACGCGGGUAAUAACCGUGACGAAGGUCAUGUCCCCAUCUGCUCCACCAUCUACACAAGAUCCAGUUGCAGAUCAAUUUAGUGGCUCUCGUAAUGGAACACUUGCGACUGGGGAUGACAUUAUUGAGCCAUCCAAAAGCCCUCAAGAUUCUGCAGAGGUAGGGCGGAAAAGGAUGGGUGAUGGUGUUGAGAUAGGCAACGCUAAACGUUCUAAAGAUGGGAACUAA